AUGCAUUCCACAAUAAGCACUCUAUUCCUCUUCUCCACGCCCAUCCACGCCACAAUCACGGCCCGCGUCUGGACACAUUUCUACCCAUCUUGUCCUGGAGCGCCAUUCGCCGAUCUAACAACCUAUGAAAACUAUGAAGAAACCGCCCCAUCAAAAGACAUCACUGCUGGCCAGUGCAUUCAAAUCGGUGUCCCAUCAUACGAACACAACCUCGUCAGCGCUCUAUCUAUAGACGCUGAGAUCCUUUCCCAAGAAAAGGGUCACCCCUUCCCACCCGAGAACGCUCCAAACUGCAACAUCACUGUUCACGAAGUGCCAGAAUGUAUCGAAGACCCGCUCAUCAGUAGCAAGCUGCAUAAUGGCGUGGAGGUGAGCUCGUGUCAUGAGCGUAACUUCGUUGCGUACAGUGAUGUCUGGGUGAAACUUGUCUGUGAGGGUAUCCCGACAGAGGAGACCGAGUCUCUAGAAGAUCAGCAGAAGGAUACCCCACGCAUUGAUCAGACUGCGGCUGUGCAACAGUCGGCUGAUGUGCAGACUCCUGGAUCGAAUACCAAUUCGUGGCAUUUGGCGCAGACACAGAGUUCUGAGAGGGAGCCGAUACAGGAAGGUCGUGUCAAUAACGCUGGUCAUGCUGAGAGUGAUGCUAUCGUGCAUCGCAUUAUGGAAGCUUUGAAUAAGAAGCAUAAGGGAAUCAACCUGGUUUCUGGGAAGCAUAACUCCACCCGUUCUCUGAACGCGACUCUUGCUCAGAAUGGUACUGCGCAUGGUAACCACACCGUCAUGUCGAGACGGAAGUUGUCUGUUCUUCGCAACCGGGCGGCCCGUCUGUAUUACUAG